AGCGUUUAUAUAACAGUAUCUAGUUGCUGGAAUCACGUUUUGGACGCAUUCGUUUGUCGACAAUGACGACCUCAAAAUAUAAAAAUUGUGGAGUUUGACGAGGGGAUUGAAAUGAUUCCAAUUACGUGGCUUAAUCGUGAUCGAACAAUAGCUUAUUGGGCCUCUUUACCAAAAUCAAAUAAAAAUUAAUAAAGCAAUUUGUAAUAUGGAGUCGCCAAAAGAAGACUGGAAAAAAUGUAAAAUUAAGAAAAUUGUAGGACAAGCAGGUUCAUACGAACAAGCAGUUGAUAAAGUUGCAAUGGCUCUGGAGUUUUCUGAUAUAGAAUCUAUUACUCCGGAAGAGUAUAAAAAAAGUAGGCGUAUACGAGUUAAAAUACAACAUUCAGAUGAUGCUUACGGUUCCGAUGGUGAUUCUUCUGAUGCAUUGCCAGUCAAAAGACGCAAUACAUCUAAAGUAUUGCCAUCAUUUUCAAUCGCACCUAAUGAAGAAAAUAUGCCAAAAUCAAAAAAUCCAAAAGGUAGCAGCAUUAUGCGUAAAAGCAGGAAAUCCGAUGUUGUUGUGAAUAACAUGAGCCAACAAGAUUUUCAAUUUAUUGAUUCACCGACACAAAAAUGUGAUGACGAGAAUGAUAUUAACGAAAUUGAGAAAGACGAUGGCGCAUUUGCAAAAAACGGAAAUUCCGAACCAAAUAUUGCUCUUGAAAGUGUCGUACUAAAGACAUCGUCAAUGCAAAAACUGGAUCCAUUGAAGAAAAUGUUUAAAAAAAUUGAGGAGCAACAAGACAAACCUGUUGAAAUUGCUUACAUGCAGGAAAUUCUGUUUCUUCAACAUAAGAUUUUAGUACAACUUGAAGAACUGAAAAAAAAACAGACCAACCGAGAAUAUAAGACAAGAAUCACACGCAUUAUUGACAGAUACAACAGUAGACAUUUGCAAAUUUGCAGAAAGCCUACCGUUAAAAAAUGAGGAAGAUUUGAAGAAAAUGGAAAAAAAUCUUCUAAAGGAAGAGUUUCGUACAAAAUGGGCAUAACGUUCUCAAUUAACGAUUCUUUUUAAGACAACGAGAAGAGGUCCAAAUAAAACACAAUAUCAAAAUGACUUCUACUUUUUAUUAAAAUAAAUUUUUAUAUACGAAAAUACGGCUUUAAUAACACACGUCACAUCUCAUCUCAUAAUUUAUGAAAUUUCUAGCUGGAAUAAUUUAAUUCUUUAUUUUCGAGUCAGUAAAUAUGAAAUCGGCCGAUUUUUGAAAAUUUAUUUGAAAAUUCUUUAUUUUCUCGAAGCUUUUGUUAAUGGAUUAUUUUUCUAAUAAUAAUAAAGUACUUUAUAGUUGAGGCCUCUUUAGCGUUCAUGUAUUAAAAACAAGAAUCGUACAUUAAUCCUGCCGUACGUCAAUAUCUCUAUUAUAUAUAUAUAUAUAUUAUUUAUAUGCAAAGGUAUUUUAUAUGAAUAUAUAGUUAGUAAAAUAAAAGCACUCGCUUUGGUUUGAGUUUGUAUCCCUCACUUGCAUGUAUCCGAGAAAACAUUAUAAUUGUUAUUAUCAAACUGCGCUAUUUUGCUGACGCAAAAAUCGUGAACUAUCUAUAAUUUGUUGUAUACAUAUGACAUAUUAUUAAUAUUAUUAU